AUGGCUGCUCCAAUGCCCCCAGGGGCACCUAGACCCAACAACCCGCAAAACUCUGCUCCUCAAGGAAACCCCAAUUCUUUAGCUGCUAAUAUGCAAAACUUGAACAUUAACCGGCCACCUCCUCCCAUGCCUGGUUCGGCUCCUAGACCAUCUCCACCUUUUGGUCAGUCACCACAGCCUUUUCCUCAAUCAGCCCCUUCCCAUGGGGUUCAACAACAACCCAGGCCUUCUCCAAUGGCUAGGCCUGGGCCUCCUCCUCCUGCCAUGACCAGACCAGGUGGGCCCCCUCAGGUAUCACAACCUGGCGGGUUUCCAUCAAAUUUCCCUGUUGGAAGACCCGCUGUUCCACCUUCUAGCCAGCCACCGUUUGGCUCCAGACCAUCCACUGGUCCAUUGCUUGGUGGUGGAUCAUUUCCGCAGCCUGGUGGUUUACCAGCUUCAGGUCCACCAGGCAGUGUAGCUGCUGGUCCUCCUUCAGGAGCACGCCUGAUUGGUUUUGGUUCACCUCCACCUGUGGGACCUGGCAUGUCCAUGCCGCCUUCUGGCAUGCCAGGUGGUCCGAUGACUAAUGGACCUCCAAUGAUGGGUUCACCGGCAUUUCCCAGAGGAUCUCAGUUCACAACUGGUCCUAUGAUGGCUCCACCGCCACCCUAUGCACAGCCUCCCAAUGCAAGCCCUCUUCCCGGAGGUUCACCAUUAACUUCGUCUCCUGCUCAUUCUAUGCCUCCGCCAACAACUUUUCCUGGUGCUCCUUAUGGCAGGCCAGCCAUGUCAGGAGGCUUUCCCUAUGGGGCACCACCACAACAGCUUUCUUCUACUCCUGGCACUCCUGGUUCAAUAUAUAGCAUGGGUCCAAUGCCAAAUCAAUCAAUGACCAAUGUGUCUAGCCCCUCAAAGAUUGAUCUUAAUCAGAUCCCAAGGCCAGGUACAAGCACCAGUCCAGUAGUGUUUGAAACUCGCCAGCAGAAUCAGGCUAGUCCUCCACCGCCUACUACUGUUGAUUAUAUUGCUAGAGACACUGGAAAUUGCAGUCCACGUUUUAUGCGAUGCACAAUCAGUCAGAUCCCAUGUACUGUUGAUCUUCUAUCUACAUCUGGUAUGCAACUGGCGUUAAUUGUCCAACCGAUGGCGCUUUCUCAUCCAUCUGAAGAGCCUAUCCAAGUUGUGGACUUUGGUGAGAGUGGCCCUGUUAGAUGUUCACGUUGUAAGGGCUACAUGAAUCCUUUCAUGAAGUUCAUAGAUCAAGGAAGGAAGUUCAUUUGCAACUUGUGUGGAUACACUGAUGAGACUCCCCGUGACUACCAGUGUAAUCUGGGCCCAGAUGGUAGACGUAGGGAUGCCGAUGAAAGGCCUGAGCUGUGUAGGGGAACUGUUGACUUUGUUGCGACAAAAGAAUAUAUGGUACGAGAUCCAAUGCCAGCAGUGUAUUUCUUCCUCAUUGAUGUCUCAAUGAAUGCAAUUCAAACAGGUGCAACCGCAGCUGCUUGCAGUGCAAUCCAGCAAGUCCUCUCAGAUCUUCCUGAAGGUCCUAGGACAUUUGUUGGAAUUGCCACAUUUGACUCAACAAUACACUUUUAUAAUUUGAAGCGUGCACUGCAACAGCCGUUGAUGCUCAUUGUUCCUGAUGUUCAAGAUGUUUAUACACCCUUAGAAACAGAUGUCAUUGUUCAGCUAUCUGAGUGCCGUCAACACCUAGAGAUUUUGCUGGAAAGUAUCCCAACAAUGUUUCAGGAAAGCAAGAGCCCUGAAUCUGCUUUUGGUGCAGCAGUUAAGGCCGCAUUCUUAGCGAUGAAGAGCACUGGAGGAAAGCUCAUGGUGUUUCAAUCAGUUUUGCCUUCUGUUGGCAUUGGAGCACUUUCUUCUAGAGAGGCCGAUGGGAGAGCUAAUGCCUCUGCAGAGGAAAAGGAGGCCCAUAAAUUACUACAACCCGCGGACAAAACUUUAAGAACCAUGGCUAUUGAAUUUGCUGAAUACCAGGUCUGUGUAGAUAUAUUCAUCACAACUCAGGCCUAUGUGGACAUGGCUUCAAUUUCUGACAUCCCAAGAACUACUGGAGGACAGGUUUAUUGCUAUUACCCUUUCUCAGCUCUUUCAGAUCCUCCCAAGCUUUACAACGAUCUUAGAUGGAAUAUCACUAGGCCCCAGGGUUUUGAGGCUGUCAUGCGAGUCAGAUGCAGUCAGGGUAUCCAAGUGCAAGAAUACUCAGGGAACUUCUGUAAGCGUAUACCUACUGACAUCGAUCUACCUGCGAUUGACUGUGACAAAGCUGUAAUGGUGACAUUAAAGCAUGAUGACAAACUACAAGAUGGAGCUGAAUGUGGUUUUCAGUGUGCCCUUCUGUAUACCACCAUAUCUGGGGAAAGAAGAAUUAGGGUGAUUAACUUAUCACUCCCUUGUACAAACAUGCUCAGUAACUUGUUCCGCUCCGCUGACCUAGAUUCCCAAUUUGCUUGUAUGCUGAAACAAGCGGCUAAUGAGAUUCCUUCCAAGGCACUUCCAUUGGUAAAGGAGCAAGCAAUUAAUAGUUGUGUCAGCACUCUCUAUUCAUAUCGUAAAUUCUGCGCAACAGUUACAUCAACCGGACAACUUAUUCUUCCUGAAGCACUCAAGCUUUUGCCACUAUAUACUCUCGCCUUAACCAAAGGUGUUGGCUUACGGACGGAUGGGAGAAUAGAUGACCGAUCAUUUUGGAUAAACCAUGUGUCUUCAUUGUCUACUCCUUUGGCAAUUCCGCUAGUUUAUCCAAGGAUGAUUGCUGUUCAUGACCUUGAUGCAAAUGAUAAUGAAGCAGCUGUGGUUCCUUCUCCAAUCCCAUUGUCAAGUGAACACCUUAGCGAUGAGGGAGUCUAUUUUCUUGAGAACGGUGAUGAUAGUUUUAUAUAUGUUGGGGAAUCAGUAAAUCCAAACAUUCUGCAGAAGCUUUUUGAUGUUUCCUCAGUUGCUGACAUUCCAAGUCAGUAUGUGCUGCAGAAGUAUGAUAAUCAGCUAUCAAAGAAGUUCAAUGACGUGGUGAAUGAAAUAAGGAGGCAAAGAAGUUCUUACCUACGCCUUAAAUUGUGCAAGAAGGGAGAUCCAACAGGUGAGUUAGCUUUCAAAGAUACUCUUAGCUUUGCAAAAUUGAUGACGAAGUUACUUUAUAACAUUUUCCGGUUAGCAGAGAUUAAUUAA